GGAUGCUUGGUGGUGGGACCACUGAAGACGAACACGCAAAACAACACUGCUGGCUUACAUAUGUGACCAGGUGACACGCUUGGAAUGUGUGCAGGAUGAGCAGCACAUUCGUCACAUUAGCGGAAGUAUUGGAGGCCCGAGGGGGGCCUCUGCUGGAGGAGGAGGUGUGGGCCCUGCUGCUGGCCACUGGACGGUGUUUAGUGGAUGCCUCUGAGAAAGGUGAAAACAACAUGUGCAAUAUCAUAAGCCCCGCCUCCUUGCUACUGUCAGCUACUGGCAGCUUAGCAUUUAAGAACUGUGGCCUAUCAGAGGAGGCAUCGACCUUCAUCGCUCCAGAGAUGCUGCAGGGCCGUGCCAGCUCAACCAAACCUGCCAUAGAUAGGAUGCUGGUGUAUUCUCUGGGUAUGACUCUUUACUGGGCCGUUGAUUUUCACCUACCUCAAAAUCAGCCAAUCCAGUUGAGCGACCACCUCAACAGCCUCCUCCUCGGCAUGUGCGAGGACGUGUCCCACCGCAGACUAACUAUCAGCUCCAUCCUGGAAUCCUGCGAGGGUCGUCAGAAAGCUUCCGGCUCGCCGCCAUCUGCCGACGUCAUCAGGCAGCUGGUGGAAGAGGUCUUCAGUGAACCGAUGGACCAUGGCUCUGACAGCAGCUUGCCUCUGAGUGGGCGGAGCCAGAUGAUCAGAGAAAGGCUUCAUGGAAGGCGAGGGCCAUUUGCAGACUUCAGUGAAUGUUGUCCAGAAAGGAGAAGAUACUCAACAGACUCAGACUCAAAAUCGGCUGUCCUUCCAGGGUGUUUACCUCAGAGAUCUUGGAAACCUCGACCAAGAAGCUCACCCACACCUUUGUACCAGUCAUCUUUGGAAAGGCUCCCGCGAGGGGCUCGUCACAGGGACAGCACCUGCAGUUGGCUGGGCCGGAGCCCCCACCAUGACGUCUCUCCCAAGACAUCAGGCAGGUCUCACAGUCCUUCAAUCACUUUCAGCGAGUCCUCCAUCAGCCUCAGCCAGAGGAAAUCUAAGGCUUUAGGUCCAGAGUUUAUCCGAAUGGCUGACGAACAGCAAAUUGUGCUCGAGCUUCCGGGAUCUAUUGUGUCGAGAAAGGGCCGCCUGUGUUCGUCUCAAAGGGAAGUGACGGUGGUGCUGCCGAGCGGCCAGUACGUGGUGGUCCGGUGCGAUACCAAGUCCCGCGCGAGGGAUGUGUUUGACAUGGUGGUGGCUCAUGCUAACCUAGUGGAGCACUUCUACUUCGGUCUUGCCUUUCUCGACGAUGAUGAAUAUUUUUUUCUGGACCACGAAACAAAAAUCUCCAAAGUUGCUCCCGAUAGUUGGAAAAAAGGGCAAAUCCUUUCCUUUUUGGUGUUCCUUCGAGUCAAAUUUUUUGUGGACGAUAUCGCCUUUGUUUUGCAUAGACUGACUCGCCACCAGUACUACUUGCAGAUGCGAAAGGAUAUCUUAGAGGACCGCAUGUACUGCAACGAAGAGACCGGCUUGUUUCUGGCUGCCCUUGCUCUACAGGCUGAAUUUGGCGAUUACAUGCCAGAGUUGUAUGGAAAGACUUACUACCAGCCUGAGCACUAUGUGUCCAAGAGAAUGCUUGAGAAGCUGGCAUUGCCCAAUGUGAAGGACGAGCUGCCAAGACUGCAUGCCAGGCAUGCCCCGAUGGGACCUGAAGAGGCGGAAACAGAGUAUUUGAAAAUUGCCCAGCAACUACCAGAGUACGGGGUUAUGUUCCACCGCGUGGGCAGAGAAAAAAGGCCUUUGAUUGGUGAAUUGGUUUUGGGAGUCUGUGCCAAAGGAAUCAUUGUCUACGAGAUGAAGAAUCAGGUCCGGACCGUCACCAGACGCUUCCUGUGGAGGGAAACAGACUCCAUUUCCACUGGGCGCCGUAAGCUGAUCAUCGAAUGUGGCGGACCAAGCGGGAAAAAGCACAGUUUUAUAACGGAGAGCUCAAAAAUAGCACAAUACCUCCUCAACCUUUGCUCCGCGCAGCACAAGUUCCACAGUGAGAUGACAUCACGGCAACUUAACCACAGUAUGAUGCCAGAUGAAAACAUGUCCGUCUACGCGGGUUGUAAUCUGAACCUGAAGCGGAUCUCAUGCUCUGAGGGCAUGCUGAACCACGUCGGUUUAGCCUCGGGUCAACCGGAUCCGCUGUCCAAAUCUUGCGAGGACCUGAGCGCCAAGCUGGAGGCUCGACUCCGCCACCAGAGAGAGAUGAGGCGGGAGAUGAGCAGGGAGCUGAACAAGGAACCCUCCGAAAUGGCAGAACUCGGGGAUUUGAAAGAGCGUGCCUACUGGAGUACGCCAGAGUCGAUACCAAGAAUGAUGUCAAGUGUCUCGCUGCAGAAAGACUCAGAUACGUCUUCUUCUAUACGAGUUGACACGCCCACUAGGUUUCCACCAGAGAGAGAAAUUAUAUGCGUAAGCCUCAAGAAGGAUCCUAAACUUGGCUUUGGCUUUGUGAUUGUAGGCGAGGACAAUACAGGUAAACUUGACCUCGGUAUAUUCAUUGCUUCCAUUGUGCCAGAUGGACCUGCGGACAAAGAUGGACGGAUCAAACCAGGUGGGCGUCUCAUUUCUCUAAAUAAGACCAGUUUGGAAGGGGUAACAUUCAGUGAUGCUGCUGCCAUCUUACAGAGUAGUCCUGAGGAAGUGGAGCUGAUUGUGUCCCAGCCUAAACAGUGUCUGAAAGACAGCAAGAACUCUCUUUGCCAAAGCACACUGGGCUUGGCAUUGGAAAGGAGUUUUGGCUCUCAGACCACCCUAAGCGGCACCGAGUACCGACACGCCGUGGAUGAACUGGAGGAGGCCAUCACUUUGUCCAGCAUGGCCACGCCCAAACAAAGCAGGAAGCUUCACAUACCUGUGGUGCGAAUACAUGACGCACAGGACAUGUGUUCUCGGUCUCCCUCUAUCUUAAGUCUAAAAACCGGGGGGACGUUUUUAGUGGAGCUGAAGAAGAGCGGCGGGAGUCUCGGCAUUAGUGUUGCUGGAGGAAUUAACACAAGUGUGAGAUAUGGCGGCAUUUACAUCAAAAGUCUGGUAGUUGGAGGUGCUGCUGAACAAGAUGGACGAAUUCAAAUUGGUGACAGACUGCUGGAGGUUGACGGCUCCAACCUGAGGGCCGUGACACACCAACAAGCUGUCGAGUGCCUGAAGAGGACUGAGGAGGUGGUGAACCUGCUGCUGGAGCGAGAACCAACAAUCAUCUUGGAGCCCAGAACCGACUCCCCCCUCCCACUGUCCAUCCACAAUGCAUCACCAACUCAGCCCCCCAGGACCGAGGUCUCCUUGGAACCAACCUUGAGUGGCCGAGCUAAGGACUACAGCUUUGUGACUGACGAAAACACGCAUGAAGUAAUCCUGAAGAAAAGUUUGUCAGGUCUAGGCUUCAGUUUUAACAUUUCCCAACUCAACUCGGGGCAAGACCAUGGCAGCGUGGUCCGCAUCAAGCGUCUGUUCCCGGGUCAGCCGGCCCACGAGAGUGGCCUCUUACAAGAAGGGGACAUCAUUCUGUCCGUCAACAAAGAGCCUCUCAAGGACCUUUCCUACCAGAGGGUUUUGUUCCUGCUGCGAGGUGCCCCUUCUGAGGUUCAUCUCUUGAUUUGUCGACCCGGUUCGGGAGUGCUGUAUGAUGCUGAUGACAACACACUUAGUCCUGCACCCACCAGGGAGAUCCGAUCCCGGUCUCUGGACAUCCGUCUAGGAGACGACUACAGCCAGCUUCUUAAGUUCCAAUUUGAUGUGAACAUACCUGCUCAGAGUACAGCUCCCGUCUUCGAGGAGGAACUGACUGACACAGCGGAGAAAAGCCCAGAGCCUCCGGCUUUUCCGAGUUUCUUUGAAGGACAAGAGAGGGAGGUGCAAGGCCAACAGACUCCUCAAUCUUCACCUCCCGGGCCGGCCUCUCCCACGUCGCCUCCAGCGCCAAUCUCGCCAACCUUGCCCGCUUCUCCCACAUCACCUGUCUUACCUCCGGUCUGCUUUCGACCAGCUCAAGAGUCGCAGCUGACGUUGGAAAAAGCAGAAGAACAACAGGAAGUAGAAUCGAAGAAUAGAAGCGAGGAUGGGGAGGAGGCUGUUGCAACAAGUUCAACCGCGAUAUUUGACGUCUUCCCGAAGACUGAUUCAAACUCCAUGUAUGCCAGUGGUAUUCGAGAGGAGGCAGAUGGAAGUGUGACCUACUGCCUUGUUGGAAAUGGAUUGACUAUAAUGGCAGAUGAGGAGUAUUUGACCAUCAGUUCCACCCUGGACCAUCAACAAAGUUUUCAGUCCAAUCAGGCCACUCAAACACCGUUACCAAACCUCACAAGCCUCAGCUCGCAAACCCAGACCACUUCAUCCAGUUUUUCUCAAAUGUCCAACACUCUGUCUGGUCUAUCACAGACCUCGAACACUCCAUCAAGUUUCCUCCAGACUUCCAUCACUCCGACUCACCUCUCUCAGACUUCCCAAAAUCCAACAAUUUUUCCUCAAACCUCCAAUACACUGUCUAGUUUCAGCUCACAGAACCCAAACGCUACCAUGACGCCUUUAAGCCUCUUAUCUGACACCCUGACCACUUCUGCCCUGGCACACCCGUCUCAGCCGCUCACGACACAGCCAUCCAAAGCCAAGCAGUACCCGCUCCAGCAGGGACAGCAGCUUCCACUUCAAUGCAAAGCGCCCCCGAAAAACAGUCAGCCUGCUGCGGGGCUCCCUCAAAAUCCUGCUCCGCCGGCGGGCCCCAUCACGACACAGAUAAUCUCCUCAACACCUCCUAAUGUCAGCGCGACUCCUCCCACCAUUCCACCCACAAUAAUACCUCCACCUGCCCAGAGUCAUGCACAGUGGGAUGAAGAGGCAGAGAAGAAAGAAAGAGAAUGCAGGGAUGAGGAGGAGGAUGAAGAGGAUGAAGAAGAGAGUCAAAGAAAGGGAUCGGUAAAAGAAUUUGAGUUGACCGUCCUUCUGACCAAGUCCAGGAGUGGAAGCUUUGGCUUCACCAUCACCCGAAGCAAACUGGACAACUGCUACUACAUACAAGAAAUACUGGACAAUCCAGCGAAGGCAGACGGACGCCUCCGAGCUGGAGACCGGCUGAUCACGGUAAAUGGACAUGAUGUGACCAAUGUGGCGGAUGAAAUUGCCAUGACGAUUCUCAGGUCCUCUCCCAGGAGACUCAGUAUGACCCUAGGCAGGGCUGUUACCAACCUGGUGGCACCCCCUUCUUGUGACAGCCUACCUGAUAUUGUCCUCUACAAGACACCUUCAGGACAGCUCGGCAUUAAACUGACAGGUGGCAUUGGAAGCAAAUGGCAGGGCAUUUACUGUCUGGAGGUGGUGCCAGGCACCCCGGCCAGCGAAGAAGGCAGCGUGCAACCCAAUGACAAGAUUCUCUACAUCUGCGGGAGGUGCACUCUAGGGAUGACCUUGGAUGAUGCUGUCAAAGCCUGCGAGAUCGCCCCGCGUAAAGUCAAACUCAAAAUCCUGAGAGAUGAACAGCCCGUGACGCCCAAGGCCAAAUGGAACGGUCUGUUUGAUUGGAAAAAGGACAAGAAGUUCUUUGCUCGUUUUGAAGAGCCUAUCUCUCCUGAAAAAGAAUCACCUCAGGAAGAUGUUGAAGUUGUCAGUCGAACGCUUGGCAGCUUCAGAUGUCUGUCUGGAGCUGAACAGCAGGAUAGUUGCAUUAUGCAAGUUGAGUUUACCAAACCGGAAGGAGGCGGCCUUGGCUUUGCGUUGGUUGGUGGGACCAACGGCAGUGUGCUCAGGGUGAAAGAAAUCUGUUCUGGUGGAGUAGCUGAGCAGGAUGGCAGGUUGAGAGUGGGAGAUAUUCUUCUAGAGGUGAAUGGUGUGAUUGUGUCGGGACUGAGCCACAGUAAGGUGGUGGAUAUUCUGCGUAAAGCUGAGGGCACAGUGCAGCUCACCAUCUGCAGGGACAUCCUGCCACUGACCUAUUCCGAAUCACCUACACCACCCAACAUGGCCUCAGGUGCUGAGGCUGUCCUAGCUGAGCAGCCAGCUCCAGUUACCUCCUCGGAUGCCUCUUCCUUACCUGACGUCAUGAUGAAUAAGCCAGUGGAGCGCCCCCCUGAGCCGAUUGCAGAGUGUGUGUUUAAUGAAUCUGGUGUUUUAGUCACAACGCCGCCUCCUCCUCCACGACGACUGACUGUGGUAUUGGAUGAAACGCCUAUUGUUCAGGCAAGUCGGGUUCCACUGUACACAUGUAUGUUGUGCGUGAACAUGUGUCUGUACUUUUCAUGGGUGCACACUUUGCCUGUUGGUCUGUGUACUAGGAGAGUUGUGACAGCACGCCUUCUCAUCAAGCUUGCUGUGGAAAAGGAAGCUCAGCUUUGCAUGAACUCAACUGGUCCUACCUACCGAAGAAUAAAAACGGUGUGGUCUCCCCCCCUGCCCCCUGACUCCCCCAGGAAACACACUGUGAGCAAACUGUUGGACCGGUCGUGCAAAGGCAGCCGGAAACCAGAGUCAGACGGCUGGAGCAGCGAAGAGGAAGAAGACAAUGUGUUUGACGCCAAUGCUCACCAAACCACCUCACCGCAAAUAGGCCCAGUCAUCAUAUCAGAGGAGGAACUGUCCAGUUUAUCCAUCAUUAACCCAUCUCGAAGCAGCCAGUAUUCAGGCUCCAGGGUCAAAGCCAUCAUCCAGAUUCUACAGCAUCAAUUAGACCAGCAGGAACUGGUCAAAGAAUUCAUGGCUCUGGAGCACCUAAAGCCUUCUGAUGACUGCGCGGUGGGAAAAGCCCCUGAGCACAGAGACAAGAACCGCUACAGAGACAUCUUGCCCUAUGACAAAACCCGCGUCAGCCUCGGGGAGAAGCGCGACUACAUCAAUGCCAGCCACAUCCGCAUGCAAGUGGGAGGUGAGGAGCUCGCCUACAUUUCCUGCCAAGGACCGCUACCCUCUACGGUGGCCGCGUUCUGGCAAAUGAUCUGGGAAAACAAAUCGGAUGUGAUUGCCAUGAUGACCCAAGAAGUAGAACGAGGAAGGGUCAAAUGUCACAAGUAUUGGCCCGAGAAGCCUAACAAGCCCCUGGACACGGGCAAGUUUGACAUCCACCUGGUGAACCAGCAGUACUUGGAAUAUUUCUACAUUAAGGUCAUCCGCAUGAUGGAAACAGAGACAGCCGAGACCCACAUUGUCCAUCACCUGAAGUUCACGCACUGGCCCGAUCACGGCGUUCCGCACUACUCGGAGCAACUGCUUCGCUUCAUUAGCUACCUGCGCUCAGUGCACCAGCAAGGGCCCGUCACGGUCCACUGCAGCGCCGGCAUCGGACGCUCGGGUGUUCUCAUCUGCACCGAUAUCAUCCUCAGCCUCAUCGAGAGGGAUUUGCCUAUUAAUGUGAGCAACAUCGUAAAGGAGAUGAGACUUCAGCGGCACGGGAUGAUUCAGACCAAGGAACAGUACCUCUUCUGCUACAAAGUCUGGUUGGAGGUUUUACAAGGCAUUUUACAGCUCCAUGGCACCCAGUGGCAACCGGAAAGUCCCCAAGACCACAAAAUAGUUUGAAUGUUUGCGUUUGUGCGACCACAAAGCACCGGCGACACCUUCUUCUUGAACUCUUGUCUCUUUUCAUACUGUGUGCUGUCUAGUUGUAUGCAGGGAGAAAAUACACGUUUGUUUCGCCUAGAUCUGUGAAGGGAAUCUUGACGUACUUCGGGCUUAGUGAUUCGCCUUAUGCCUCCAUGAUUGCGUUCAAUUUCAGUCUCCCUGUGGCAUUUCAUUUGCAAAUUGCCAUCACGGUAGCCCAACAGUAUUUUGUCUGGUAGGGACGCCGAUAAGGUUACAUCAAAUCAUCUUACCAAAGUUUAUUAUCGGAUAACUUGAUGAAUGUGAGUUUUUAUUUCAUUAAGUGCAUUUGUACCCUGGCGAGAGAGUGAGAAAAAGGGCAACACUAUUCAUUCUGUAAAUCACCUACAGCAAUGAAAAGAAUCAAGUGCCUUGGAAUUGACCCCGAGCUGCUAUAGUCACAUGUAAACGGGCCGAGGGAGCGACGACACUGCUUGAAAGCACUCACGCGACCUUCGACUGAAUGUGCACCGUUUUUGUUGUUGAAUGUGAAUGUUUGCUUGCUCCAAAUCACAGGCAAGACAAUAACAUAUGACCUUAAGUUAAAGGAAGUCACAAUAUGAAGAUCGUACACUUUCCCCAUUUUGUAUGAAAACCACAAAAUUGUACUUUGAAACCCCCGGCGGAUCGCAACAUAAUGCAUUUGAAUACAUUUAUAAAUUUUCAAUUCACUCUUUUUGCUAAAGGCUUAAAUGGCCAUUCUCGCAAAUGUGAUAUUUAGGCUUUUUGGUUGAAUUUGUGAUAAUAGGCUCUAUCUGUAUUCACUGGCUAUUUUAAUACAAAAGUCAGCCAUCGUGCGGAAUUGAAUGAAUGAGGUUUACACAAUGUACAGUGCAAGAAAAUCGCUGCUGGUUUGUACCUCCACUUUUGGAUGCUUGUAGCUGCUAUAACACACGCAUACUGUAUACAUCCAUGCACACAAACAGGCCUGUCAAUGGCUGGCGUUUCGCCGGCUUUUCCAUGUUGAUGUUCUGUAUAAACGGCGCUGACAAAGAAUGAGGGGGGGUUACAAAGUCGAUCGGCAAUUUUCUGCCUUAGUAGAUCGUACCAGGGCGUCCCCUUUUACACCACGCGGAGAAAAAAAAUGGCAGCAACAUAGACUGGGAGGCACAUCUAAGCUAGUCCGACCUGUUUGCUGUUCCAUUGCUCCGUUACAAACUAGGGAUGUCCAAAGUCCGGUACAGUGGCCUGCUGCACAUUUUAAACUCGGUGUGCAUCAAAUUGUGAGAAAAGGUUAAGAUUACACAUUUAUUUUAAAUUUAAAAAAAAAUUGUAGUUGACCGUUACAAGAUGUCACGUUUU